AUGGCGUCUCCCAGGGGCGGGCGGCGGCGGCGGGCGCCUGAGGCGGAGUCCGGCCCGGCCUACGAGGGCCUCUUCGUGGCCGUGGAGCGCUGCCCGCUCUGCAACACCGCCCGCCGGCGCCUCACCUGCGCCCACUGCGUCCGCGGCGGGGACUUCGUCUUCUUCGACGGGCGCGACGCCGAACGGUUUUCUGAAAAGAAGGAGAGAUUAAAACACCUUAGGAACAAGCAGCAUGAAUUUCAGUCCCAGUUAUUAAAAGCUAUGGAAGGGAAAUGGAUAACUGAUCAGCUGAGAUGGAAAAUAAUGUCUUGCAAGAUGAGAAUUGAGCAACUGAAGCAAACUAUCUGCAAAGAAAACGAAGAAAUGGCAAAAAAUUCCGAGUGGCUCCUCAGAAUUAAGGAUGAGAACCAGAAGCUCUACCGCCGGGCGCAACGCCACCAGGAGAAGAAGGAGAAGAUCCAGCGGCACAACCGCAAACUGGGGGAGCUGGUUGAGAAGAGGAACUUCGACUUGAGAGGCCAGCAUGAGCAUCUCGCCAACCUCCGCCGGUCCCACGUCCUGGAGCUGACCUCCGUCAUCUUCCCCAUUGAGGAGGUGAAGAUUGGCAUGAGGGAUCCUGCAGAUGUCUCCUCUGAGAGCGACAAUGCCAUGACAUCAAGCACUGUGAGCAAGCUGGCGGAAGCCCGGCGGACCACUUACCUGUCCGGGCGAUGGGUGUGCGACGAUCACAAUGGAGACACCAGCAUCAGCAUCACAGGGCCUUGGAUCACCCUCCCCAGCAACGGAGAUUACUCAGCUUACUACAACUGGGUGGAAGAGAAGAAAACUACUCAAGGGCCAGAAAUGGAGCAUAACAACCCCGCCUACACCAUCAGUGCUGCUUUGUGCUAUGCAACUCAGCUGGCCAACAUUUUGUCACACAUACUUGAUGUGAACCUUCCCAAGAAGCUGUACAACAGUGAAUUCUGUGGGGAGAAUCUCAGCAGGAAGAAGUUUACAUGGGCAGUGAAGAAGCUGAACGCCAAUAUCCUUUACCUUUGCUUUUCGCAGCAUGUAAACUUAGACUUCCUCCACCCCCUGCAUACGCUCAGGAACCUGAUGUACCUCGUCAGCCCUGAGACAGAACACUUGGGGAGGUCUGGUCCCUUCGAAGUGAGUGCCGACCUGGAGGACUCCAUGGAGUUUGUGGACCCCAGCGGAGCCGGCGAGACGGACGAGAGCGGCGACGAGCACAUCAGCGAUGAGGAGACGGACCUGGGGACAGACUGGGAGAACCUUCCCAGCCCGCGCUUCUGCGACAUCCCCUCCCAGACGGCGGAGAUGCUGCAGAGCCAGGGCACCCAGGCCUCCCAGCCGAUUGCCGCCAGCAGCAGCGCCGGGGGUAUGAUUUCCUCCGCGGCGGCCUCCGUGACCUCCUGGUUCAAAGCGUACACCGGACACCGCUAAGGAACGGCCGUAUCUCCGCCAGGGAAGAAGGACAACCCUCCCUGUCGACCCACCAUCACUGUUAGUAGACCUUACCUAUUCAGUUAAGUAGUGCCUCAAACAACACAGGGGUCAGACUGCUAGCUGCCUACUCCUAAAUCUCCCCAGCUUGACUUAGAGCAGUAAUGCUUCCUCAAGACCUCCAGACCUACGUCGGAAAUGGGACGUCCGAGUCCGUCCGUUUUGCCAAGGAGGGAAGAAGAAGAAUCCUGCCUGUCAAUCUUUGUUUUGUUUCUUUAUGUUUUCCCCGCUGAAAAAAGGGAGGCCAACUUUGGGGCAUGUAACCUGGCCAUCACUUUUGAGGCAUAAACGAUUGAGAGAAAACCAUUUGGUAGAAUCAGCUUGACGGCCAGGCCAAGGCAUCAGUCCCGUCCAUCUUCUGUGGGGAUCUUGGGUUUUCUUUCUUUUUCAAACAGGUACGUGUGUGUGCAACGGACAGGAGCAGUUUUACAGCACAAAUGCACAUUUCAAGACCCUUCUCGAAAAGUUGUACGAACGACGCCUUUUUAAAAUGGUUUCUUAUCUCCUUUACCGUAACUUUAAUACAGCAAAACAUCACCAGUACCGAUCGCUAUUUUUUUUGUUGUUGUAAAAGAAGAAGAUUGUUGGUAAGAUAUGCCUGUUUGUGUGUAUGCCGUGUUCAUCCGGUGGGAGGCUUGUCUGAAUGUUUCUGCUGUGGAGAUCCCCCACUGUCUGCAAAGCCACCACACACCAAAGAGCAGCCAAUAGAAAGUGGUCAUUGAAUGGUUCUUUCACAAAAAGCACUCUCAUGGCAAGGAACCACCACUCUUUUGGUCACUUGUGAUCCCUGGCCUCUGUGUUUAUGGGAAACCAGCAUCUUUUAGAUCAGAUUAUUUCCCCAUCUUCCUUCUCUGUCAGAAUGCCAAGUGAUCCUCUUCCUUCUGUGAUUGCCAUUUAGUUUGACAAUGGCAGACGUGGCACAACAUACCUUGGAUUUCAGGACCUCUUUUUUCCCUAAGUAUCUGAACUGGUCAUUGUGGGUUAAUAUUUUCUUUUAGGUCUGUCCAAUUUCACAUAGACCCAAAUAAAGUAAGACUAGCAGUGGAUCCAAAUUGCAGGUAAAAGAGAUGCCACCUAAAUAUUAGGAAGAACUCUUUGACAGUGGAAUAGACCACCUGGGAAUCCAGUGAAGUCUUUUUCCAUGGAGGUUUUUAAGCAGAAGCUGAAUGGCCAUCUGCCAGGAUGGCUUGGAUUGGGUGUUCCUAUUUGGCAGAAGGGGGUUGGACUGGAUGACCUUUGGGGCCUCUUCUAACUCUUAUGAUUCUAUGGGCAGGGAGCUGGUCAUGGGAUGGAGCUUGGCACAUACCGUCUCUUCCCCACCCGUGAUGUAAGAAGAGUACACCAAUAUCCAUGCACAUGGCAGCCAACUUCUCUGCACUUUCCCAACAAAGAAGCAGCCACAACUGUUUGUCACAAGUGUCAAAACCACAUAUCUGAAAAAACAACAUCCUCAUUAUCCAGUGACACCAGGUGGUGACUGCUCUGCUUCAUGGAGCAAUAGGGAGAGGCAAAUGACAGGAAAGGAGAUUCCACCUUAACAUUAGGAAGAACGUCCUGACUCGAAGAGCUGUUCAGCAGUGGAACUCUCUGCUUCCUUUGGAGGCUCUUUUCUUUUUCCCCUGGUGCCCACCUAUCAGUGCCAAUCUGAAAGUAAGGAGGGGCAUUACAGCAUAUGUGUGUUCCCAUUUCUGUAUUAUGCCAUUUGUCCUUUUACCCCAGGCAUGGGCAAACCUUGGCCCUCCAGGUGUUUUGGACUUUAACUCCCACAAUUCCUAACAGCUGGUAGGAAGUGCAGAGAAGCUGUCCGUCAUGAUGGAUAUUGGUGUGCUCUUCCUACAUCAUGAGUGGAGAAGAGGCAGUAAGAGGCUGUUGGGAAUUGUGGGAGUUGAAGUCCAAAACACUGGAGAGCUGGAGUUUGCCCAUGCCUGCUUUAUGCCCUUGGCUUUAAGCCUCCAAAGCCCACCUCCCAGGACAGUCUGAAAGACCCCUUCUUCCUUGCCCACUCCUUCCUCUUCGUAGAUAUCCGAUGGGUGUGGAUAUAUAGUGAGAAUACAUGGAGAAGCCUUUAUGGAUUCCUAUAUAUCCCAUAAGAGAAGGGGAAAGAGGGCUUUUGGCAGUUCCAUCCUCAAAAUCUGUGAUUGCACUCCAAAAUCUAUGAGAGGUAUGCUAUGAUGGCACUACACAAUUCCCACGCAGAAUAGCAUGCCAAUUGCUGAAGAGAUAGCACUGGGCUUGGAAUAGUUACUGUGGGGUUUCCACAGGGAUCUUAAGCAACUGCGUUUGACAUGUUGGCCGUAGCAGAUGCGAGUAAGGCUUCAUCCUUUGUGUUUCUGCGACUAAACCAAAGACACUUCUAGUUCUUUUGUGUCCUGACUUUUCCCCCAUUUGAUUUGGUGCAGUUUCUUUGCCCUGAGGAGGAUGGUCACAUCAAAGCAGUCAAGUUGGAAGAUGAAGGGAGCUUUUAGCCAUUUGCAAUUGCCCAGGUCUCUUCCUGCGUCUUGAGAAUGUUGUGGGAGAAACUCUGGGAAGGAAAUCGACACUUUAUUAAUUGCAAAUGAGACGGGGCUGCUUCCAGAGCUGAGAAAAGCUCAUUUUUUUGUAAUUUUUGAGAGGAUGGUUUUCAGAAUCCCCCAGCCAGCCACAAAAACAAACAAAAAAAGGAACUUUUCCAAGCCCUGACCAUUAUGUGUUGUGGAUCAGAGCUGCUUGGAACGUUAGCCCAAUGUCCUUGUCUGUGUAAAUAUUUCUGUGUGUUCCCCUUUCCUCCCACUCCGGUUUAUGAUAUAACCAAGCAAACUCUCCAAACGUGAUCAUGAGAUUGCCAAUUUCCAAGUUUAAGAGAUUUUUAAUUUCCGCUCAGCCACCUUCCUCUCUACCUGCCAUGGUUUCCUCUCUUUGAAACGAAGCCACUCUUCUGUAGGUAGGUGCCAUGGAUCCAUAUCAGGCAGAGGUUGGUGUUGCGUCUUUCACAGAAGAAAAGGAAAAUGCCUUUUCUAAGGGCUUGCUUUUUAAAUAAAGGUUUGCACACACAGUGAUGAGAAGAAGACAGCUUCUGAAAGUUUGGUGCAAUUUGAGAAACGGUCUGCUUUGGGAAGAUUUUCUUUUGGGAAGGUCCUUGAAACCCCUUGGCUGGAAUCUUGGGAUUUGUAGUUUGGCCGAGACUUCCAAGGACCACUUCUUAAAUGGCAAAUUCUAGGAUUCUCGCCAUUUGCAUGGAAUCACAAUGCGGUAAUUGUGUGACAGCCCUCAGUUUGAAGCCACAAAGGGAAAAUUGUGCAUCCAUUGGGAACCAUGGUCCUAUUAUGCCCAAAAGUGGAGUGUUUUCAGAGAGAUUAUGCCCUUUAGAAAGGAGCCCCACAAAAAAAAUAGAAUUUGGGGCCGCAGAUCUUUCCCUCUCCCGGCCUUGCGGUGCCACUUUUCAAAGCAGUAAGCUUCUAACAAAACACAGGGAUGCUGGUGGGUUUUGUUUUUUUUAAAGAAACUAUUGUAUUACUGCAAUAAAUCUUUAACAAGUGUUUUUUCCAAA